UGGGAAAUACGAGUAGUUUUCAUUGCUUUUCUUUUGCUUCAACCCAAGCUUCCUUUCCUUAUUUUACGUAGCUAAAACUAAAUCCCAACGAAAAAGCAAUCCUCCUCGGAGGACGGCACACCGGAAUAUGCCACCAGAAGACAACCGGCUUCCGUUAUUAUCCGACCAGGAUUCGGACCAGGAUGUGGCGUACGAGUCAGGCGAAAAAGUCCACAUCGUCGGAGUCGAUGAAACGGGGAAUGAAGGCUCACUGGGUGUCCCGCCUUUUUCCUGGAAAAAGCUUUGGCUUUUCACCGGACCCGGUUUUUUGAUGUCGAUUGCUUUUUUGGAUCCUGGGAAUUUAGAAGGGGAUCUUCAAGCCGGAGCUAUAGCCGGUUACUCUUUGCUGUGGCUGCUGAUGUGGGCUACGGCUAUUGGGUUGUUGGUUCAGCUGUUGUCGGCUAGGCUUGGUGUGGCGACGGGGAGACACUUAGCUGAGCUGUGUAGAGAAGAGUAUCCGACUUGGGCUAGGAUGGUUUUGUGGGUAAUGGCGGAGUUGGCUUUAAUUGGAGCUGAUAUACAGGAAGUUAUUGGAAGUGCUAUUGCUAUUAAGAUUUUGAGUAAUGGUGCUUUGCCUUUGUGGGCUGGUGUUGUUAUUACAGCUUGUGAUUGUUUUAUCUUCUUGUUUCUUGAAAACUAUGGAGUGAGGAAGCUGGAAGCAUUUUUUGCUGUCCUCAUUGCUACAAUGGCAGUCUCAUUUGCUUGGAUGUUUGGUCAAACAAAACCCAGUGGCACUGAACUUCUUCUUGGUGUUUUGAUUCCAAAACUUAGCUCCAAAACCAUCAAACAAGCCGUGGGAGUCGUGGGCUGCAUUAUUAUGCCUCACAAUGUAUUCUUGCACUCUGCUCUCGUGCAAUCACGGGAAAUCGAUCACAGCAAGAAAGGCCGAGUGCAAGAAGCUCUCAAUUAUUACUCGAUAGAGUCUGCUGCCGCGCUUUUGAUUUCCUUUAUAAUCAAUCUGUUUGUCACAACUGUUUUUGCCAAGGCAUUUUAUGGCACAGAAGUAGCCGAUAGUAUUGGACUCGUGAAUGCAGGGCAGUAUCUUCAAGAGAAAUUUGGAGGUGGGUUAUUCCCGAUUUUAUAUAUCUGGGCUAUCGGGCUGUUAGCAGCUGGACAAAGUAGCACUAUUACUGGCACUUAUGCGGGGCAGUUCAUCAUGGGAGGUUUCUUGAACUUGAGGUUGAAAAAAUGGCUAAGAGCGUUGAUCACUAGGAGCUUUGCAAUUGUUCCUACUAUGAUAGUUGCUCUUAUUUUCGAUACUUCUGAAUCAGCUUUAGAUGAAUUAAAUGAAUGGCUUAAUGUGCUUCAAUCUAUUCAAAUCCCCUUUGCUCUUAUCCCACUUCUUUGUUUGGUAUCUAAGGAGCAAAUCAUGGGUUCCUUCAAAAUUGGCUCUGUGCUCAAGACAGUUGCAUGGCUCGUGGCUGUGCUGGUGAUAGUGAUCAACGGGUAUCUUCUACUCGACUUUUUCUCUGAAGAAGUCACUGGUGUAAUGUUCACAAGUGUACUGUUUGCGUUUAGCGGCACAUAUAUUGCUUUUAUAAUCUACCUUGUUGCUCGAGGUUUUAUGUCAUCUGCUUGGCGCUGCUUGUUACCACCAAAACAGACUCAAGGAAUUGAGUGAUCUAUCUCACCCUUGUCAAGCCAUGAGAUCAGCCAAUUGAUUUAGGAGCAAUCGAAGUCUGUUUUCACAGAUGAAUUUAUCCAAUUAAAAGCAUAUGUUUUCUGCGUAUGCAUAAUUAUAUAGGGACUUUUAAGUACAAAGUUCAGUUGAGUAAGCAUACUUUUUUCUGGAGUACUGUUUCAAACAACAUGCUUGUAGCCUGUAGGUUCCAUGUUUUGGUUAAAGAAUGUAUGGAUUAUAAACUUUAGCAAUAACAUUAUUUUGAAAACAUCUGAAGGAUCCAAAACUAUGUAAUUUCCCCCAUAGUGCAGCUCAAAUUUGGUUCAA